AAUGUUCUCCCUGUGCUUGCAUGGAUAUCCUCCCACAUUCCCAAAAUAUGCACAUAACUGAACACUUUAAAUUUCCCUAGGCAUGAUUGCGAGUGUGAAUGAUUAUUUGUCUUUGCAUGCCCUGCAAUUGGCUGGUAACCGGUUCAGGGUGUACCCCGCCCACUGCCUGAGGACAGCUGGAAUAGAAAUAAAAGUAUAGUCUGAUGAAAUAUUAUACUUUGAGACACGAGUGACCUGACUUAAUGAGUUCUUCAAGAAAAGAGCUCUGUUCAGUCAUUUUUUUUAAACCGAGUUGAAUGCAGUGAAAUCAACUUCAUUUCAGAACAAGGGGGAGUUUGCCAGAUAGUAAAAAACAGACUACAACAAUACUCACCCAUAUGUUCUUUAUCAUCUGUGAGAAACAUCGAAUGAGAAUGCAGUUCACUCACUCACUUACAGUACAAUAGUUGAAAAACCUUUAGCCGUUUGUUGAAAACCGUUAGCCGUUUGUUGUAUUAAAAACACAUUUUUAAAAAUCUUUUUUUUUGAAGGGGGGGUUGCGAUAAUCGAUUGAACGACAUUCCCAGUCAUUUCAAGGGAAAAAGACGACUAUUUUUUGUUACAAGCGUGGUCACAGAACAAAUUAAAAUAGUACUGUAGUACAAUUCAGACUUCCAUCCCAAAAGUCGUUAGUGUGCGUGUGUGACAUGUAUUGUCAUGUCAUGCUCAUCACUAUUCAAAGGGGCGUGUUUACAUUCGAACCGGUCUGCUCGUCUUUGCCCUGACACCUAAAAACAGAAAAACAAUUGCAAAACGGUCACAAUGAGCUAUGAUUGACAGCACAUCCUGUUUUUGCCUGGCGCGCGUUCACGAGGCGACAUAACUCGCGUGCGCGUCGACGUACGAAUUGUGAUAGUUGCGAUUCGAACGUCCAACUGCAGUUUGCACGUUUCUCGGACACCAAGCCCUCGGACACCAAGCCCAGGAAAGGCGUCCCCGCUCCCCUCCUCCGGUAGUAGUGGUGAUGGUGUUCUCUCUUGUUUUUCAAGGGGGCUUCUUUUCAAGCGCGAAAAGUUGUCAAGUUAGUUAGCCGACUCCCUAGCCGACUGGCUAGGUAGCUAACCGGAGCUCACUCGCCAGAGCAGCUGUUAAAACUCACCACCGCCUCCCCGUAGCCGCUCCCCCAAAUGGAGAGCUACGCCGCCGCAGACGGACUGGAGAUCCCCGGGUGAGUCGCACCGCGGGGAUUUAGCCUUUAAAAGCGACACGUUGCCAGCCGCCUGUCUUGCAUUUUGCCUCAAAAGCUCGCUAUCAACUCUGUCCGAUGUCACGGUGUCGUGUACCGACACCACCAGUGGUUCCGCCGCCGUCUCCCCGCGCACACGCUUCCACCACUAGCCGCGCGGCACCUCCGAGCACCCGGCGGCGGAUGAUCGAGGAGAAGCACCAGCAGCAGCACACCGCGCGGAUGUUCCCAACCAGGAAAUUGGAUUAAAUCCGAACCGGGAGGUUUUUUCGGGACUGUGUGAGUGAGUGUGUGUACGCGCGCCCAUGGCGGAGUUCGAGGAGAACGGGGCCAGGCUGCUGGAUCACGCGGCGGCCGAGGUGGGCGUGCAAGCAGCGGGGAAGACGCCCGGUGAAGGCUCGGUGUCGAACGGCGACUGUGGCAUGUGUGAAGACAACAUGGUCGGCCAAGGUUGUGGAGGCGUGGAAGCCCCCGUCGAGCCCGACAACAAGGCAGACAUGCCCCGCAGAAGCAGCAUCAUCAAGGAUUCCUCGAGACAGCGGAAGGAGAGGAAGAAGACCGUGUCGUUCAGCAGCAUGCCCACAGAGAAGAAGAUGAGCAGCGCCAGCGACUGCAUCACCACCAUGGUCGAUGGCUCAGAGCUGAAGAAGGUGCGCUCCAACUCGCGCAUCUACCACCGCUACUUUCUACUGGACGCUGACAUGCAGUCCUUGCGGUGGGAGCCGUCCAAGAAGGAGUCUGACAAGGCCAGAAUUGAUGUCAAGUCAAUCAAGGAGGUUCGCAAGGGGAAGAACACGGACACUUUUAGAAGCAAUGGAACAUAUGAUCAGAUCUCGGAGGAUUGCGCGUUCUCCAUUAUCUUUGGGGAGAACUACGAGUCCUUGGACUUGGUGGCCAACACCGCAGACGUAGCCAACACCUGGAUUACUGGCCUGAGGUACCUGAUCUCAUACGGGAAACAUACGCUGAACAUGAUCGAGAGCAGUCAGAAUAACAUGCGUUCGUCCUGGCUCGGUGAACUUUUCAGCGAAGUGGAUGGCCACAACAGUCAACAGAUAACAAUAUGCGCUGCUGUGCAGCUCAUCAAAAAGUUGAACCCGGGACUUAAAAAUGUGAAAAUUGAGCUGAAGUUCAAGGAGCUUCACAAAGUAAAGGACAAGGUCGGCUCUCUGGUGACGAACGAUGAGUUCAUUGAGGUCUUUCAUGACCUGUGCACAAGGCCGGAAAUCUAUUUUCUCUUUGUCCAGUUCUCCAGCAACAAAGAGUUUUUGGACACGAAGGACUUGAUGAUAUUCCUGGAGGCCGAGCAGGGAAUGGCACAAGUCAGCGAGGACACCAGCAUGGAGGUCAUCGAGAAGUACGAGCCAUCCAAGGAGGGUCGGCAAAGAAGCUGGCUCUCUCUGGACGGCUUCACUAACUAUCUUCUGUCGCCGGAGUGCCACAUAUUUGACCCCGAGCACAAAACGGUGUGCCAAGACAUGAACCAGCCAUUGUCCCACUACUACAUCAACGCCUCUCACAACACUUACCUUAUCGAAGAUCAGUUCAGGGGUCCUUCUGAUGUGACGGGGUACAUCCGUGCCCUAAAAAUGGGCUGUCGCAGCGUGGAGCUGGACGUUUGGGACGGACCCGACAAUGAACCGGUGAUUUACACCGGCCACACCAUGACCUCGCAGAUCAUCUUUCGAAGCGUUAUCGACGUGGUCAACAAGUAUGCCUUUGUCGCGUCAGAGUUCCCGCUGAUCCUGUGUUUGGAGAACCACUGCUCUUUGAAGCAGCAGAAGGUAAUGUUUCAGCACCUCAAGAAGAUCCUGGGAGAUAAGCUCAGCCUGGAUCCCCCGAAACCCGAUGACUGCUACCUCCCGUCCCCCUCAGACCUGAAGGGAAAGAUCCUGCUGAAGGGCAAGAAACUCGGCACCAACUGCACUGCCUCCGAGGGGGAGGUGACCGAUGAGGACGAAGGAGCUGAAAUGUCGCAGAGAAUGAGCAUCGACUCACCGGAACAACAGACAGUUGUGCCCAAGAAGUUCCAGCUGUCAAAGGACCUUUCCGACCUGGUUACGUUGUGCAAGUCUGUCGAGUUCAAGGACUUCCCGACGUCGUUCCAGGGCCAGAAGCAUUGGGAGCUCUGCUCGUUCAACGAGGUCUUUGCCGGCCGCUGUGCAAGCGACUUUCCCGGAGAAUUUGUCAACUACAACAAGAAGUUUCUGGCGCGGGUUUACCCCAGUCCCAUGCGGAUCGACUCCAGCAACAUGAACCCGCAGGACUUCUGGAAGUGCGGUUGCCAAAUUGUGGCGAUGAACUACCAGACUCCUGGUCUGAUGAUGGAUUUGAACAUCGGCUGGUUCCGCCAGAACGGGAACUGCGGGUACGUCCUGAGGCCAGCGAUUAUGCGCGAGCAGGUGUCGUAUUUCAGUGCUAACACAAAAGAUUCAGUGCCUGGUGUCUCUCCGCAACUGUUGCACAUUAAGAUCAUCAGUGGACAGAACUUUCCCAAGCCAAAAGGCUCGGGUGCCAAAGGGGACGUUGUAGACCCUUACGUGUACGUGGAAAUCCACGGCAUUCCCGCCGACUGUGCUGAGCAAAGGACUAAGACGGUCAAUCAGAAUGGUGACAACCCUCUGUUUGACGAGAGCUUCGAGUUCCAGAUCAACUUGCCCGAGCUCGCUAUGGUGCGCUUCGUGGUGCUGGAUGAUGACUACAUCGGCGAUGAGUUCAUCGGCCAGUACACCAUCCCCUUCGAGUGCCUGCAACCGGGUUUCCGCCACAUACCGCUGCAGUCGCUCACCGGUGAGGUCCUGCCACACACCCUGCUCUUCGUCCACGUGGCCAUCACCAACCGGAGGGGUGGCGGCAAGCCCCACAAGAGAGGCCUGUCGGUGCGCAAGGGCAAAAAAAGCAGGGAGUACGCCAGCAUGAGGGUGCUGCUCAUCAAGGCCGUGGACGAUGUCUUCAAGACGGCCACGCUGCCGCUGAGGGAGGCCACGGAUCUCAGAGAAAACAUGCAGAAUGCCAUCGUGUCAUUUAAAGAACUGUGUGGACUUUCGGCAGUGGCCAAUCUCAAGCAGUGCAUCCUGGCCCUCUCCCCUCGACUCAGUACACCGGACACCGGACCCCUACUACUCUUCAACCUGGCUGACCACUAUCCAGUCAUGGAGCCGCAAGGUUUGCUGCCAGAGGUCCUCAAAAAGGUGUUCACCACCUAUGACUUGGUGAUCCAGACUAGCAAAACUCUCCUGGAGAACUCCGAUGGGGUCUACGAGAGGAUCCUCCAAACACAAAAAGCCGCCAUGCAAUUCCACGAGAACCUCCACGACUUGGCGGUGAAGGAAGGGCUGAAGGGCCGCAAGCUUCACAAGGCUGUGGAGAGCUUCACGUGGAACAUUACCAUCCUCAAGGGCCAGGCGGACCUCCUCAAACACGCUCGCGGCGAAGUGCAGGAGAACCUGAAGCAGAUCCAUUAUGCAGCACUGACAUGCGACCUCAGCAAAGGGAGACCGGCGAGCGGCUCGUCCGACUCCAAAAGUAGCCGACGCAGCCUGGAGGCCAUUCCCGAGAAGGCCACCGCUGACGCAGAGCUCACAGAAGACGACGACGAAGACGACAAUUGACGUUGUUUUCACAUUCCACUGAAGACUUUGAAACUACCAGACACCGCUUAGUGAUCUUCAGGUAUUCCUACUCAGAAACCCCGCUCCUCCCAUAAAUCCUGGAACAAAAUU